UCGGAGGUGAAUGCACUGAGGUAACCCUGAUCACACCACUUCUCUGAUGUUGCUGUCAAAUCGGGGGGCGGAGGGGAUUUAAUUAGAGGCCGGGCCAGGCGUAUGAACCUGAAUGAAGACGUUGGCGAGCAUCUUUUUAUUAAGGAUCCACUUUCAUUCAUAAACCAGUUAGCGCUGAGGGAUUCUGCUGGUCUCUAAUCAUCAGAAAAAAUGGAGGAAACUUCACCGAAUCCAAAGUUGCUUGACUUGAAUCAACACUCUCGUUUCAUUAUUGGUUCAGUGUCAGAGGACAACUCAGAAGAUGAAUUUAGUUCAUUGGUUAAAGUGGACCUUCUGGAGGAUAAAGAGAGAUCUUCAUCUCCAGCAUCUGUGUCUUCAGAUACUCUUUCUGACAUGGGACUAGCAAACUACCAAGAGAACUCUGCUCUACAAAUGAGGCCUAGCAUGUCCGGUUUACACUUGGUCAAGCAAGGUCGAGAUCGAAAGAAAAUCGACUUGCAGAGGGAUUUCACGGUUGCUUCUCCAGCAGAAUUUGUCACUCGGUUUGGAGGAAAUAAAGUCAUUGAAAAGGUACUCAUUGCUAAUAACGGCAUUGCAGCAGUUAAGUGUAUGCGGUCAAUCAGACGGUGGUCGUAUGAAAUGUUCAGGAAUGAGAGAGCGAUCCGUUUUGUUGUUAUGGUAACGCCUGAGGACUUGAAAGCCAACGCAGAGUACAUCAAGAUGGCAGAUCAUUAUGUACCCGUACCUGGAGGGACCAACAAUAACAAUUACGCCAAUGUGGAACUCAUCCUUGACAUUGCAAAAAGAAUCCCAGUACAGGCUGUGUGGGCCGGUUGGGGACAUGCAUCGGAGAACCCUAAGCUCCCCGAACUUCUUCACAAAAACGGCAUUGCGUUCAUGGGGCCACCCAGUCAAGCAAUGUGGGCCUUAGGUGAUAAAAUUGCGUCAUCCAUUGUAGCCCAGACAGCUGGGAUUCCAACCCUUCCAUGGAGUGGCAGUGGACUCAAAGUGGAAUGGCAUGAAAAUGAAAUAAAGAAAGGCAUUCUAAAUGUGCCUCAAGAACUUUAUAAGAAGGGCUAUGUGAAAGAUGUUGACGAUGGUCUGAAGGCAGCAGAAGUUGUUGGGUACCCAGUAAUGAUUAAAGCAUCUGAGGGGGGCGGAGGGAAAGGAAUUCGGAAAGUCAACAACGCCGAAGAUUUCCCUAAUUUAUUCCGCCAGGUGCAAACUGAAGUUCCUGGGUCUCCCAUUUUUGUAAUGAGACUGGCAAAGCAAUCCCGGCACCUGGAAGUUCAAAUACUUUCUGAUCAGUAUGGCAAUGCCAUCUCACUUUUUGGUCGUGACUGCUCCGUUCAACGACGUCACCAGAAGAUUAUUGAAGAGGCACCUGCGUCUAUUGCUACCACUUCCGUGUUUGAAAAGAUGGAGCAGUGUGCAGUGAAACUGGCCAAAAUGGUUGGUUAUGUAAGUGCUGGGACGGUGGAGUACCUGUACAGCCAAGAUGGUAGUUUUUACUUCCUGGAAUUAAACCCCCGUCUACAAGUUGAACAUCCCUGCACUGAGAUGGUGGCUGAUGUAAACCUUCCCGCUGCUCAGCUCCAGAUUGCAAUGGGAAUUCCACUUCACAGAAUCAAGGAUAUUCGUAUGCUUUAUGGAGUCCCUGCUUGGGGAGAUACACCAAUUGACUUUGACAACCCUCUUAAUGCUCCCAGUCCCAGAGGACAUGUUAUUGCUGCUCGUAUUACCAGUGAAAAUCCCGAUGAGGGAUUCAAACCUAGCUCGGGAACCGUGCAAGAACUUAAUUUCCGCAGCAACAAGAACGUGUGGGGUUACUUCAGUGUUGCUGCAGCAGGAGGACUCCAUGAAUUUGCUGACUCUCAGUUUGGACACUGCUUUUCUUGGGGAGAAAACAGAGAAGAAGCCAUCUCCAACAUGGUGGUAGCACUUAAGGAAUUAUCCAUUAGAGGGGAUUUUCGAACGACAGUGGAAUAUUUGAUAAAGCUCCUGGAGACGGAGAGUUUUCAGCAAAAUCGCAUUGACACAGGAUGGCUGGAUAGGUUGAUCUCAGAGAAAGUUCAGGCUGAGCGUCCGGACACCAUGCUCGGAGUGGUCUGUGGAGCACUGCAUGUGGCAGAUGUGAGCCUUCGAAACAGUGUGUCCAAUUUCUUGCAUUCUUUGGAGAGAGGUCAAGUAUUGCCAGCCCACACCCUUCUCAACACCGUAGAUGUGGAACUUAUCUAUGAUGGGAAGAAAUACGUGCUCAAGGUAACACGACAAUCUCCAAAUUCUUACGUGGUCAUAAUGAAUAACUCCUGUGUCGAAGUGGAUGUACACAGACUGAGUGACGGUGGCCUUCUUUUGUCCUAUGAUGGUAGCAGCUACACCACUUACAUCAAAGAGGAAGUAGACAGAUACCGUAUCACAAUUGGAAACAAAACGUGUGUUUUUGAAAAAGAAAACGACCCCUCCAUUCUACGUUCACCAUCUGCGGGCAAAUUAAUCCAAUACGUGGUAGAAGAUGGAGGGCAUGUUUUUGCAGGCCAGUGCUAUGCUGAAAUUGAGGUCAUGAAGAUGGUGAUGACGCUGACGGCGAUGGAAUCUGGGUGCAUUCAUUAUGUGAAGCGACCAGGAGCAGUUCUUGAGCCUGGUGGUGUCAUAGCUAAACUACAGCUAGACGAUCCUAGCCGUGUACAACAGGCUGAGCUCCAUACAGGGCCAUUGCCGGUGAUACACAGCACUGCCCUGCGAGGAGAAAAGCUCCACCGCGUCUUCCACUAUGUUCUAGAUAACCUGGUCAAUGUGAUGAAUGGAUACUGUCUCCCAGAACCCUACUUCAGUAACAAGCUGAAAGACUAUGUGGAGAGACUGAUGAAGACCCUUAGAGAUCCAUCUCUUCCUUUACUAGAACUUCAGGAUAUUAUGACCAGCGUUUCGGGGCGUAUUCCACCAAACGUGGAAAAGUCAAUCAAGAAAGAGAUGGCUCAAUAUGCCAGCAACAUUACUUCCGUGUUAUGCCAGUUUCCAAGUCAACAGAUUGCAAAUAUAUUGGAUAGUCAUGCAGCUACAUUGAAUCGUAAAUCUGAACGAGAGGUUUUUUUCAUGAACACACAGAGCAUUGUACAAUUGGUUCAGAGAUAUCGUAGUGGCAUUAGAGGACACAUGAAAGCUGUGGUUAUGGAUUUGCUUCGUCAGUAUUUGAAGGUUGAAACACAAUUCCAACAUGGCCAUUAUGACAAGUGUGUCUUUGCUCUGCGAGAAGAGAAUAAAAGUGACCUGACCAUGGUUCUGAAUUACAUCUUCUCCCACGCUCAGGUCACCAAGAAGAACCUCUUAAUAACUAUGCUGAUUGAUCAGCUGUGUGGCCGGGACCCCACAUUAACCGAUGAGCUACUAAACAUCCUGACGGAGCUUACACAACUGAGUAAAACCACUAACGCCAAAGUUGCACUGCGUGCCCGUCAGGUCUUAAUAGCGUCACAUUUGCCUUCUUAUGAGCUCCGGCAUAACCAAGUGGAGUCCAUUUUCUUGUCUGCCAUCGACAUGUAUGGACACCAGUUCUGCAUCGAAAAUCUCCAGAAACUUAUACUGUCUGAGACCUCCAUCUUUGAUGUCCUACCCAACUUCUUCUACCACAGUAAUCAAGUGGUCAGGAUGGCUGCUUUGGAGGUGUAUGUUCGGAGGGCAUACAUCGCUUAUGAAUUAAAUAGCGUGCAGCACCGCCAACUAAAGGAUAACACUUGUGUUGUUGAAUUCCAGUUCAUGCUGCCAACCUCCCAUCCAAACAGAGGGAACAUCCCCACACUUAACAGAAUGUCAUUCUCUUCUAAUCUUAAUCACUAUGGGAUGGUUCAUGUUGCCAGUGUCAGUGAUGUCCUGCUGGAUACUUCUUUCACUCCUCCUUGUCAACGAAUGGGUGGUAUGGUGGCCUUCCGGACGUUUGAGGACUUUGUCAGACUAUUUGAUGAUAUAAUGAGUUGCUUCUCAGAUUCUCCUCCUCAAAGUCCUAUUUUUCCAGAGGCCGGCCAUCCUUCACUCUAUGACGAAGAUGAUAAUAAGAAUGCAAGGGAUGAACCUAUCCAUAUCCUAAAUGUUGCCAUCAAAACCGAUUGUGACAUUGAUGAUGAUGGAUUGGCUGCCAUGUUCCGGGAGUUCACACAGAGGAAGAAAACUGUUUUGAUGGAUCAUGGAAUUCGUCGCCUGACGUUUCUGGUAGCUCAAAAGGAUUUCAGAAAGCAGGUCAACUGUGAGGUGGACCAAAGAUUUCAUAGGGAAUUCCCCAAAUUUUUCACUUUCCGAGCAAGAAACAAGUUUGAGGAAGACAGGAUUUAUCGACACUUGGAGCCAGCUCUUGCCUUCCAGUUAGAGCUAAACCGUAUGCGCAAUUUCGAUUUGACGGCCAUCCCUUGUGCCAACCACAAAAUGCACCUCUAUUUAGGAGCAGCAAAAGUGGAAGCGGGCACAGAAGUAACUGAUUACAGAUUCUUUGUCCGGGCUAUUAUUCGACACUCUGACUUGGUUACCAAGGAAGCAUCAUUUGAGUAUUUGCAGAAUGAGGGAGAGCGUCUGCUCCUGGAAGCCAUGGAUGAGCUGGAGGUAGCCUUUAAUAACACAAAUGUGCGCACUGACUGCAACCACAUUUUUCUCAACUUUGUACCUACUGUCAUUAUGGAUCCUUCAAAGAUUGAAGAGUCUGUUCGAAGUAUGGUAAUGCGUUAUGGAAGCCGUCUGUGGAAAUUGCGUGUCCUACAAGCUGAGUUAAAGAUAAAUAUCCGCUUGACACCAACGGGGAAACAAAUUCCAAUACGCUUGUUUUUGACCAAUGAAUCUGGCUAUUAUUUGGACAUCAGCCUGUACAAAGAAGUAACGGAUUCCAGAACUGGACAAAUCAUGUUUCAAGCGUAUGGCGACAAACAGGGACCACUUCAUGGGAUGCUCAUUAACACUCCCUAUGUAACAAAAGAUCUCUUGCAAUCUAAGCGAUUCCAGGCUCAGUCCUUGGGUACAACUUAUGUCUAUGAUAUUCCAGAAAUGUUCCGCCAGGCUCUCAUCAAACUAUGGGAAUCGAUGGAUGGUUAUGUCUACCUCCAAAAGAGUCCAUUGCCUUCAGAGGUUCUCACAUAUACUGAGCUGGUUUUGGAUGAUCAGGGUCAACUUGUGCAUUUGAACAGACUUCCAGGAGGAAAUGAGAUCGGCAUGGUCGCUUGGAAAAUGACUCUUAGAAGCCCAGAAUACCCCGAUGGCCGUGACAUCAUUGUUAUAAGCAACGACAUCACGUACAGAAUUGGUUCCUUCGGUCCUCAAGAGGAUCUACUGUAUUUAAGAGCCUCAGAGCUUUCUCGGGCUCAGAAGAUACCACGUAUCUAUGUUGCUGCAAAUAGUGGUGCUAGGAUUGGUUUGGCAGAAGAGAUUCGCCAUAUGUUUCAUGUUGCAUGGGAGGAUCGUGCUGAUCCUUAUAAAGGAUAUAAAUACCUUUAUCUGACACCACAAGAUUACAAAAAAGUCAGCGCUUUGAACUCGGUGCACUGUGAGCAUGUGGAGGAUGAAGGAGAAUCCAGAUACAAGAUAACUGACAUCAUCGGAAAGGAAGAGGGGCUUGGCGUGGAGAAUCUUCGAGGAUCUGGUAUGAUUGCUGGAGAGUCAUCAUUAGCCUAUGAAGACGUCAUUACGAUCAAUCUGGUGACUUGCAGGGCUAUUGGAAUAGGAGCCUAUGUGGUCCGACUGGGUCAAAGAACAAUUCAAGUUGAGAAUUCACAUAUUAUCUUGACAGGAGCAGGCGCCCUGAACAAAGUUCUUGGCCGUGAGGUUUAUACAUCGAAUAACCAGCUGGGUGGCAUCCAGAUAAUGCACAAUAAUGGAGUCACACACAGCACAGUGUAUGAUGAUUUUGAAGGGGUGUUCACCGUUUUGCAGUGGCUGUCCUAUAUGCCAAAGUGUAAAUCCAGCCCUGUCCCAAUUCUUACCCCAAAAGAUUCUAUCGACAGGCAGAUUGACUUUGUCCCCACCAAGACACCGUAUGAUCCUCGAUGGAUGCUGGCAGGACGUCCUCACCCAACUGUGAAAGGACAAUGGUUGAGUGGCUUCUUCGACUUCGGAUCUUUCUCUGAGAUAAUGCAGCCCUGGGCACAAACAGUUGUGGUUGGAAGAGCUAGGUUAGGAGGCAUACCUGUAGGAGUAGUUGCCGUGGAAACAAGGACCGUAGAGUUGAGUAUACCUGCUGAUCCUGCAAACCUGGACUCUGAAGCUAAGAUUAUCCAACAAGCGGGUCAGGUGUGGUUUCCAGACUCGGCAUUUAAGACCGCACAGGCAAUCAAAGACUUCAACAGGGAAGGCCUACCACUUAUGGUCUUUGCGAACUGGAGAGGCUUUUCAGGCGGAAUGAAAGAUAUGUAUGAUCAAGUGCUUAAGUUUGGUGCCUACAUCGUUGAUGGUCUACGGGAAUACCUCCAACCGGUACUAGUGUAUAUUCCACCUCAAGCUGAACUUAGAGGAGGUUCCUGGGUAGUAAUUGAUCCUACUAUCAAUCCAAGACACAUGGAGAUGUAUGCUGACAAGGAGAGCAGGGGAGGCGUCUUAGAGGCAGAAGGAACCGUUGAAAUAAAGUUCAGAAGGAAGGACCUUGUGAAGACCAUGCGACGCGUGGAUCCCGUUUACAUUCACCUGGCUGAGAGAUUGGGGACACCAGAGCUUAGUUCUGCUGACCGUAAGGAGCUCGAGACCAAGUUGAAGGAAAGAGAAGAGUUUCUGAUUCCCAUCUACCAUCAAGUGGCUGUUCAGUUUGCAGACUUGCACGACACCCCAGGCAGAAUGCAGGAAAAGGGCGUUAUUACUGAUAUUCUAGAGUGGAAGACAUCAAGAACAUUUUUCUAUUGGAGGCUAAGGAGGCUGUUAUUGGAAGAUGUAGUAAAACAGAAGAUCCACAAUGCCAAUCCAGAGCUAACCGAUGGGCAAAUACAGGCUAUGCUUAGACGUUGGUUUGUUGAAGUGGAAGGAACAGUCAAGGCUUACUUGUGGGAUGACAAUAAAGAUGUUGUUGAAUGGCUGGAGAAGCAGCUGACCGAAGAGGAGGGUUCCCGCUCGGUGCUGGAUGAAAAUAUAAAGUACAUCUCCAGGGAUUAUAUACUAAAGCAAAUUCGCAGCUUGGUGCAAGAAAACCCUGAAGUUGCUAUGGAUUCUAUCGUGCACAUGACACAACAUAUUUCACCAACCCAGAGAGCUGAAAUUGUGCGCAUUCUCUCAACCAUGGAUUCCCCGACUUCAGCAUAGAGUUAUCAGAAACCUCAAACCGACCUUUAUUUCCACGCAACUGCUGCAUCCCAAGCGUAACACAAAACAUACAAUAAUUGUCAGAUGCAAUGCAGGAAAAUGUUUAGGGUGUCAGUUAACAUGUAGAAAACAUAUUUAUAAACGUACUGAUUUAAUUUAUAAAACUGUAUUGUAGUAAUAGACCUAACAUGUCAAAAUAACAAAGCACUUCGAAGUAAUAUUUUAGUCACACUUGCAUUUGUGUCUAAGAUAUUUGCUACUAAGUUCUUUAUGUUUACUUUUAGUGUAUGUGUGUGUUUGUUUUUUUGUGUUUUCUUUUAAUCUAAUGCUAUGUUUUGCUAAGCAGUGUUAUCAUUUGGGUUUUUGACUGGAAAAGCAAGAAACUGCACCAUGAUAAUACCUGUUGGAUGUUUUAUUGUAGUAGAAACUGUAAUCUGAGGAUGCAUUGUCCAAUGAAGUCUGCUUUGCUACCA